AUGGCGGCUUCCAUACAUGCCCAUCCUAAUCCUGCUCGCACCCUAGUCCCUCGCCUGCAGCGCCAUCUACCACACUCCGGACCAGUGCUGCGAAUCAUUCAAUCCUUUGGCGUCUUCCCACGUUCUGCAGAAGCGUGUGUCCUAGCUACAUUUCCCCCAGAAUCAGGAUCAAGUUGGGGUUUAGGAUCAGGAUCAGGCGCCGCAGAGAAUAAGAGACAGCCGGAGGAACCAUGGGUGGUAGCAUACGUAGAUGUAUUCCGCUACCCUGAGACGCAAAUGUGGGUGUAUUCAAGCCUAGAGGCAGAUGGACGUAACGAGAUGAUUGGAGACACAAUGAAGACCACCCUAACGGCCGAUGAAGAGACGCUGAAGCAGGCUCGAGAGCAGCUCAGGAAUCUACUUGCAUAUGUUCGCUCAAAAUUGCUGCCGUCACUCUUGUCCACCCCAGGAGCCCUUGAGAGAAACAUCCCGGGCACCAAGCCAAACGGAGUUAAGAAGCUACCUGCCGUUCCUCCGACUGGUCUACUGAUGGGAACAAUAAACGACGGCCUGGCUGAGCUGCUCGGCCAAUUGGGACCCAGGGAACAGGACAGUUCAGGCCAGAAGCCUUUCUUUCACAUCAACCGUGUCGAUUUGUGCGUGAAAUACAUGUUUGACCGAACCCAUUAUGACGCUGGCGACAACGGACCACCGCAGGGAUACCGAUUCCAUGACAACAAGGGCCGCCGUGGGAUCCAAGAUCAUCAUUUUGGACUGGUCCUAAGUCGCACGCACAUCCAACGCACUCGGGCUUCGUUCCCUGCUAGCGUCGCUAUCUACCAUGACGACAUAGAGGCUGAUGUAGCUGCGAAAGGCCAGAAUGAAACCCCCGUUGCCCAUGUAAACGGGAACGGGGUAGACAAAGUCGAAGAAAUGCCUAUUGGCUGGGCUUUCCUAACGUAUGACGGGAGCAUGAUCGUUCUACAUGUUGAGCCGGAGCACCGUGGACGAGGCCUCGCAGCCCUGCUCUCCAAGGAGAUCAUGCGUCGGGGCAUGGGCAAUGAGGCUAUCCAUGCACUCCAGCUGGAAGACGAUAUCGAUGGGAGGGAGAAAGGCUGGGUGUUUGCGGAUGUUAAUAAGGAGAACAAGGCCAGCCAGCGGGUGAUGCAGAAGCUUGGAGGAGAGAUCGGUUGGGCGAUGAGGUGGAUUGUGGGGGAGAUAUGCGCAGGAAAGGACUGUUGGAACUGUAAUAAGGGCCUCUGA